AUGGCCGUCGCCGCCGCCGUCACUCUCGCCGUCCACACGGCAGGACCCGCUCAAGCUCAAGCUCAAGAUCAAGGUCAAAAUCGCGAGAUGUCGACGAGGCAUUCAUCCACGGCGCGCGGGCCGCGGCGGCAGGCAUGGCACUCACGAUCCGCGAGGCGAGGAGGACCUUGGCCAAGAAUGACAACGACGGAUCUCGUGAGAGGCGGGAAGGGGGUGAAGAGCGACCGCGACCGCGACGUGGAAGACUGGAACGUAGCAGGAGCAGGAGCAGAAGCAGAAGCAUCAGCAUUGGAAGCCUGA